GAUGUGGGCGUGAGGCUUGUGUCUGCACCUCCACACCCAGGGCUCAGUUGCCUGAGGGCAGCAGUGCGAUUGGUCACUAACUCUCAGGGCUCAGUUGUCUGAGGGCAGCAGUGUGAUCAGACACUAAUGUCUGAUGAGGAAAGAGAUGGAGAAUUAUCUCUUCCCUCAGGAAUUCUUUAUUGAUGGUUGGCUGAGCCCCAGUCCCACUAUCUGGGCAGUUAAUUCCAUCCUUGCCUUCGUAUGUGGACUGGGGCUCUUUGUCUUCUUACUUUCCUAUUUCCAUCCUGAUCCGUCCUCACUACCAGGCAAGAAACACAGGAAGAGCAGGAAGUACCAAGCAGAGCCAUGGAGAAGGAGCAACAGAAGCCAGAAAAGCCAGACUCUGAAAGUUUUCAGAGAUUGCCUACAGGAUCUGGAAGAGGUUCAGGACCUAUUCUCCCUUCUGCAAAGCCACCUGGCAAGGCUCUCUGACCAGGGGGGCUUUCACCAGUCCUUACAGCAAGCAGCCCCUGGGCAGAUGCACCGAGGGGUGCCAGCUGGAGCCCGUCAGCCAUGCAGGGAGCCUGUGGAAGACGCUGCUCCUGCCAUGGCCUCAUCACCUACUCAUGCUCCACUGACAGGGCCCUCUUGGCCUCUGGUCUCCACCCUGCCAGCGAGACCUCAAGAAGAGCAAACUAACUUAAAAAAAAUCCUACCAGACACAGUGAGAAAGAACUUUCUUCCAGGUAAUUCCUACUGGGCCUCUCUCAUUCCAGCCAUCUCAGGCCUUGGCCAUGCCAGCUACCACAUUUUAUCCUUUUCCUGGUGGUGGGAAAGUACCAAGUCCUUGUUCUUGCCUGGCACAUUACAGCACAAGUGCCAGCGAGAACAUGUGUCCUGCCACCCACCAGAUGCCUCAUUCUGGGGUGGCCUUACUAACCGGCAGAUAGAGACUCAUAACCCUUCAUUUGUCAGUCCGGAUGUCCAGAAGCUCCUUGAACUACUAAUCAGCAAAAGGGUAGAACCAAAGAGUUGGAAGGAGAAAGAAAAGGUUGGGUCAGUUUUCAAACAGUGGUGCCCAGACGACCACGUGAACUUCUGGGGGACUCUGUGGAAGCUGCUGGGUCCUGAGCAGAACACCACCACCCUGCCAUCCUUCUGGAACAUGAAAAACAAAGCAGAGCCACUGGCCCAACCUCAGCCAUUCUCAUCUCCCAAGGUCUUGGAAGACCACUUGCAAUGGAAACGCAGCCAGCUCUUCUGGGGUCUCCCCUCUCUGCACAGUGAGUCCCUGGUGGUCACUGCCUUGUUCUCUACUCACUCUUCUCCACUAGCGUCUCCCUCUGUUUUAUUCAAUGGGACCUCUAAUUGCUUGCCAGUUCUAAACCAGGAUCAAAUAUCUUCACAGUUUUCCCAUGCCCCACCAUUGCUGCACCGUGGGAUCCAACCACAACCCUCAACGCUAACCUUUCCCCAGCCCCAGGUCCCCCUUGCACCACCUUCUCUCCCAUCCCAGAGGAGGACGAGUGGGGUAUCUUGUGCUACAUCCCAGAAUAAGACACGAUCCUUUAUACCAACUAAAAUGCAACAUCUGGAGUGGCCCUUGUUGCCAAAGCAACAAGGAAGGGGGAAGACUUUACCCACUAUGGAGAAAAGAUCUCCAAAAUUCUUUAGCCAAGUCCCUCCCAAGCUUCUGGAGGACCACCAGGCCUCCCGGGCCCACAGAUCAGAUUCCACUUUUAAAGGGGACUUUGUCAUCUUUAAUAUCCAGAAACCACAGCCUCAGAGGAAGCUCAGCAGGGAUAAACAGCAAAGCAGCUUUCCCCACAAGGUUCAGCUGUCUCUGGAACUGAGGUGGCCUCAGGAUGAAUCCCUGGGAGUGAGUCAGGCACAGAGAGAGCAGGGGCUCUCAAGGCCCUUUGUGUUUAAGGGCAAAAGCAGUCAAGCUACAUGGAGGACCAGGUCCAGAUACCACAGGAAGUAUCAAGUAAGAUUCCAACUAGAGAAGAACUUUGGUAAGGGUCUAUGGCAGUGUCUGAAGAGGAUGCCAACAGGUCUCUCCAGGAUCUCAGGUAGGUUCCCAGUGAAGGUUCUGGGAACCAACUCUGAGAAAGAGUUUGGAAGACCCUUGAUAGGGGCCUUGGAGGGUGAUCCAGGAAAAUACUUAGCCAGGGGCCCAGAUAAGAAACAUCUAGAAAAAACUUUAAAGGUUCAUUUGCACAGGAAAUUGGGACAGAUCAGUAAAGGUCUGAUCCCUGUGACUGUGCGUCGAUCCUGGUUUGUGGCCAGCCAUGCUUUUCCCAAGUCCCAACCCCACAUGGCUAUCAGAAAUCUAGCACCCUUGAAGGAUCGGAAGCCCUGUGUAAACACCUCCCAUGAGCUGUCCUUCCUUUGUCCUAACACUCAGCAGAAGCUGGAAACACACAUCGUAAGUUUUCGAGUGAGGCGUAAGUGGGACCUACCUCUCCAAACUGUUGCGCCCAUAGAUCAACUACAUGAAGUUCAGCACUUGCCUUUUCCCCAGUCCCCCUUUCCAUGCUCAGCCACCUUUGUACCUGGGGCCCCCUCAAAAGCCAAAUUUUACAAGUUCUUGGGGAAACUACCUCAGCCCCAUCCAGGAGAGAAGAGUAUAACUGAAAAGUCUGAUCCCACUUCAGGGAGUCCCCUGCCUGUUCCCUCACCCAUAUGUGAGCAAAUCCAGCAGGCCCUGGGAGGGACUUCACCUGGUGAUGGCCAUCAGUCCUCAGAGACGUCUUUAUCAAGACAGGAGGGCAGAUCACCUUCUCUGGCCUCCAUUCUCAGUCUCCCAAACAGAACCCUGCACAGCAAGACUGUUAUGGGGGCCAAGAAAGACAACCUGGAACCAAGUCCAAGUUUAGCAAUGGCCAGGAAUGAACUAAAAGAGGAGAGUGGGGGUCAGGCCUCACCAGACAUGGUAGCAACACUGAAGAUGAAGCUCAGGUCCCAAACUCCAAGGUCUGAAGGGGCCACAGAGGUGAUGGAGGCCAAGAAGGCCCCUGCUUGGAAAGUUGUCUUAAGUCCCAGUGGGCUAGCCAACAAACCAGCCAUUUAUGUGGAUCUGAGGAGAUCAGGAUAUCCAGGUGCUAGGAAAAGCCCCUCACCAUCUACAGUGUUGGUUGUUCAAGAUCCAGAGGAGGUAAGCCUUAAAACAAAGGUUAGUAAGGUUGAGCUCCAAGAGAAGAUAGAGUUGGAGAACCAGCCUGAAGGCCAUACCACUGGUGUGCUUCCUCAAGAUUCUCCCAGUGACAUCCUCCUUCCAGACUUUGCCACUUGUGUGCUUGUUGAAGACAGUGGCAUCAAUGUGCUCCUGCCAGACUCUCACACUAGAGUCCUUGCUGCAGACAGCUUGACCACUCAAGAGCCACCCUCCUGUUCCCAAAUGGAAUGUGCCAGUGGAGAGACACCAGCUUCCCCAGUGUCACACAACCUUAGCUCAAGUGGAUCGAGCAGUGAGGGGCAGCAAGAGCCCUGUGGACCAAAGGUUGAGGAACCAAGUGACAGCCAGAGCAACAGUGAGAUCACUGAUGAAGGAAAGGACCAGAAGAGACCCAAACCAGAAGAGAAUGAAGACAGGUGUACAGAACCAUUGGAAAUUAGGGCUUCCCAAGCUAGCGAGAUAGGCCACCCUCCCCAGGUCAGAGGAUCAGGAGAGAGCCUUGGGAACAAAUACCUCCGGCUCAUGCCACCAGAAAAGGGACAUGUUUUUCCAGAAAGCCACUUUAGACAAAGGAUGAAGAAUUUUCUGCAGUGCCUUAAUCCCAAUAAAAAAAGCAAAGGACUGGAAGGCCCCCUUCAAAAAGGCAAGCCUGCAUCGUCUCCUGCCCAGAGCUGGGUGCCAGUCAGUAGCAGAUUGGUUAUGGACAACAGGGCUGCCGAAAAUCAGACAAUCGUGACAGCUGUGGGACAAAUCCUGGUGGAAAAAUUGGGACUCCACCAAGGAAUUCGGGCCUCAGAGAUAUAUCAGCACAAGGAAUUGCAGGCCCCAGUACAUAGGCAUUCUUGCCCCCACAGGGCUUCUGCCUCCACAGACCAGAAGAGAGUGAUGGGAGGGAUAGCCUCCAAUCAGCAAGGUACCCCCAAGGGUCUUAGCUGCCCUAGCAAGAGCCAGCUGACCAGAGAUAGGAAUGGCGAAUGGGAAAGCCUCCACAGGGACCUGGGGCCCCCAGGCAGACCCGGCCAGCACCAGCUGAUGGUGGCAGGUGUCUCAGGUCGAGUUCACCAUUAUCCUACAUGCAGUCUUCGAAAAUAUGUCUCAACCUAUCAGGCAGAGAACGCUUCACACAUCUUUCCUGGUCAGAAAGAUUUCCUUCAAGAAAAAAUCGAGUAUAUGCAAAGAAAGCCCAUUUUUUCUCACAUUAGCACAUCCUCUGUGUGCUAAUGACUUCCCCAUGCCACAAUUUUUAUUGUUUCCCAAAAAUAUAUGUUUGUUUUUUUUCUCAUGAGUGGUGCUGGACUUUGUGUGUGUCCUGGUUGGGUGGGGGCAGGGAUCAGGGUUUUCUCUCUCCGAGGGCCUGCUUUGGCUUCCAGAAGGAAUGGGGCCUUGGAGGGCCAGUGACCUUGGGGUUCACCCCCACCCCCUUCCUCACACACCUUCCAUUUCCACGACAAGGUGAACAAGACCCAGACCGGAACCUCGCUCUGCUCAUCCUCUCCUGCUUUCCCUCCACCUGAAAUUUGUGUGGCUGGAGGGAGGGUCUGCUGAGGCAGAAAUCCUGCUCAGGCUCCAGGAAGACAGAGUUCUAGAUCAGAGUGGGGCCCGCAGUUGGGAGACGCAAGGCUGGCCCUGAGGGCAGAGGUGAGAAAUCCUGCCCCCACCCCCGUCUCCUGUGAGGAGUAGAGGAUGGCCACCCCAGAAGCCUUCUCUUCCCAGAGAAUCCCAUCUUAGCUCCAUGCAGCCCCUCUUAUGCUCGGAGCAGCAAGGGAUGAGCUCGCUCCCGGUGCUGAGGAUGUGUGGGGUGCCACAGACACCCCCAGACACCAGCCUGCCCAGCCCCAGGGCACUGAAGGGGCCCGCUCACCAGCACCCCCUUCCCCUUCUGGGGGAUGGGGGGGUGUGGCUGUGGGCAGGGGGACCCUGCGCUGAGGGUGGGAGGCCAGGAAGGAGGCCAAGUGACAGGGUAAGCCCAUGCCUGGUGUGACUGAGGACCCUCGGUGUCCCACUGCCACCUACAGGCCCAGAGGGGAGAAGUUAAAGGCCCUGGGACUGUCCCCACAGGAUUUCCACCCCACUCCAGCUGCCAAGUCCAGGGGUGGAGGGGGUGGGGUGGGGGUUGUACAGAAGCCACCUGAGCUCCCACAUGGAGGGCCAGGUUCCCAGAGGCAGCAAGACCUUCAGGCAGAGAAGUUAACUUCUGCACAAUUUGAUAAGCUUGUAGAACUGCGGGCCCCAGGACGGACUUGUGGUCUGUGACCUUUACAUACACGUGUUGUCCAAGGAUGGCUCCCAGGGGACUGGUGGGGACUUGGAGGCCAA